AUGAAUUUAUGGUUCCUUGCAUUUUGUCUCCCUCUGGUAAACGCCUGGGUCGUUAACCAUGGAACAACAUGCAUUCUAUACCCCGAGGCUCUCGUUCACAACGGACAACCUGUGGAUGACUCUCCAUCAAUCCAACAAGCCUUUGACAUGUGUGGAACAAAUGGCACAGUCAUUUUCUCCGAUAACCUAUUCCACGUCAACACCGUCCUCAACACAACCAACCUAUUGAACUGCGAUGUCCAUCUCCGCGGCGAACUACGCUUCUCAACCAACAUCCCUUACUGGAGAACCCAUGCUAUCAGCGUCGUUCUACAAGACCAAGUGACUGCUUGGCUCUUUGGUGGUGAGAAUGUGAACUUCUACGGAGAAGGUGGUUUCUACAAUGGCCAGGGUCAAGCCUGGUAUGAUGCCAACAGGAACGAGUCCAACCAGCCUGGUCGUCCUAUGAGUAUCACAUUCUACAACUCAACCAACCUCCUCGUUGAUCGUUUGCGUAUCAUCCAGCCACAGUUCUGGGCUACGUUUGUCUGGGAUAGCAAGAAUGUCUCUGUUACGAAUCUAUUCGUUAAUGCUACCAGUAACAGCAAAUGGGGUACUAUGAAUACCGAUGGUUAUGAUUCCUGGAAGAGCGAUCAGCUUCUUGUUGAGAAUGCUACUAUCAUCAACGGCGACGACUGUAUCGCCGCUAAGGGAAAUACUACAAAUCUACAUGUGAAGAACGUCUACUGUGAAGGUGGAACUGGAAUUACGAUUGGAUCCAUUGGUCAAUACCCCGAGAGCCCGGAUUACAAUCUCAAUACUACAUUUGAGAAUGUGAAGGUUGUGAACUCGAUGGAUGGAGCCUAUGUGAAGACAUGGCAGGGAACACGGAUCUAUACUCCUAGUAACGGUGACUGGGGUGGUGGUGGGAAGGGUCUGGUGAAGAACGUUACCUUCCGGAACUUCGAGAUGGUGAACGUCGGACUUCCAAUUCAGAUGUCACAGUGUGUGUACUCGGAUGAUUCAAACAAGGGCUGCAAUACCUCAAAGUUGCAGAUUGAGGAUGUUCAUUGGGAGAAUAUUCAUGGAACCUCACGAUUCAAUAUCGCUUCGUCCAUCUACUGUUCUGAUGAGCGUCCUUGUCCCAAUAUCACAUUCUCCAAUGUGAACAUCACUGGCGUGAACACGACACGUCACUUGCCCUACUACGACACCGAUAUUCAGCAUGAGAUCUUCCAGUGCACGAAUAUUAUCGGUGUGAACAGCUCUGGCAUUCCUUGCAACCAAGCUGCGCCAAGCAAUUUCAGCCAGUGGAUCUAUGGAAAUGUCGAUAGUUCAGGUCUGGCGACUUUGACUUGA